AUGCAGCUGCGCGUCGGCGUCCGGGUCGACGGCCUGUACGCGAGCGGCGACGUCUGGUUUCCCGGCACGAUCGUCGACGCCAACGACGGGCUCUUCACCGUGCGCUACGACGACGGCGAGGUCGAGGAGAGCGUGCCCGAGCACCUCCUCCGGCUGCACGAGGUCGGGACAUGGACCGUCGGGUCGCGUGUGCUCGCCCGCUACAACGGCGACGACGACUUUUACGCUGGCACGAUCACAGCAGUAGACGACGAGAACCGGGUGUACGACAUCGCGUACGACGACGGCGAGGUCGAGGAGAACGUCUCGUAUGCGUUCAUCAUGGACGAGGACCGGGCGCCAUACUCGGCCCGCUCCGAGGCGUCGCUCAUCGGCGGCGACGUGCCUUCGAUUGCCGAGAACGACGAUGAGCCUGCAACCGACGCGCCCGCGGUGCUGACGACACCGAUGCCUCGCAGCAGUGAAGCGCCGAAGUGA